GUUUAUUUUCAGGUCAAGAUCAAGUUCAUCUUACUUUUUAAAUUUUAAUUUAUUUGCUUUUGGAAUUUGGACUCUGAACUUUACCUGUUGAUAUUUGAUUACGUUUAUUUUGUUAAAUUUGUUAAGACACCUGUGUAAUUACCUUAAAAGUUAUGCAUUCAUUAAAACACCCUUAUGUUUUUGUGCAAAGUAGCAGAAACCUUUUUGGCAUAUUUUCCAGAUUAUGUUCAGUAAAUGCUGGAAUUCCACAAUACGAAACUUUAGCGGUAUCCGUACCAAAAAAAUAUGUUUAUCACGUCGAACUGAACCGGCCCAACAAACUUAAUACAUUCACUCCUAAUAUGUGGAAAGAGUUUUCUACAUGCUUCUCAGCUCUAAGUGACAAUCAAGAGUGCAGAGUUGUUAUAUUAUCAGGUCAAGGGAAACAUUUUACUGCAGGUAUUGACCUCAAUGGAUUUGUGGAAAGUGCAAGCAAAGCCCAUGAACUGAGUGAUGUAGCAAGAAAAGCGCGAUUCUUGUAUAAGAUGAUAAAACAAUACCAGGAUGGAAUUACUGCUUUAGAGAAGUGUGUAAAGCCAGUGCUUGCUGUGGUUCACAACGCCUGCGUGGGAGCAGGAGUCGAUUUAAUCACAGCUGCCGAUGUUAGGUACUGCACAGAGGAGGCAUGGUUUCAAGUGAAAGAAGUUGAUGUCGGUUUGGCCGCUGAUGUUGGCACCCUACAGAGGUUACCGAAGGUGAUAGCCAGUGCAUCCACCGCUCGCGAGUUAUGUUUCACGGCAAGAAAACUGCAAUCAAAAGAAGCAUUGGAAAUUGGACUUGUUAGUAAAGUGUUUGCAGAUAAGGAGAGUGCAAUCCAACAAGUGCUGGAAGUUGCUGAAACCAUCGCUGCCAAGAGUCCAGUGGCAGUGCAAGUCACCAAACAGUCGCUAGUGUAUUCACAAAGCCGGCCUACGUCUGAAGGAUUAGAACAUAUUCGGUUAAUAAACCAGACAAUGCUCCAAAGUGAUGAUCUUACAAAAGCUGCUAUCGCUCAAGCUACGAAAACAAAGACAGAAUUCGACGACUUAUAAAAAUUUUUUUUUGCUUAUGUACAGUACAGUGGUGUUAUUAUAUUGUUAUUUUAUUGGGGAUGGUGAACAGAAAUAUAUUAAGUGUAAACAAUUUUAUUAUAUUGUCUAGUGUCUAAUAGCAUAAUAUUGCAAUAAAUACAUAUU